AUGAAAAGUCAUUGUGUCCGGUAUUCCCUGGCUCUCAUCUCGAUCUUCCUGUUACUCCGGUCUGAAAACGUCGACGGGAUUCAAAUAUGGGGCAUGCAGAUAGGACGUGCUCCGCUUUGGGAAAGAUUCACCUGGAAGACGAUGGACUUUGCUUAUCCGGAUCAGCGCAGCAGAAAUUUAGCGAUAGCGAACGGCGAAUACGUCCCGGAGAAUUCUCUGCCUGUCGGCAUCGAGAUUUGGAGAAACAAGCUCUUCGUCACGGUGCCAAGAUGGCGCGAUGGAAUACCAUCUACGUUGAAUUAUAUACCGUUGGACGUUAAUCAAGGUGUAUCGCCGAAGCUUAUACCUUAUCCGAGUUGGUCUCAGAACAGGGCUGGUGCCUGCGGCAGCGGAUUGACCACCGUCUAUAGGAUUCAUGCAGAUGCAUGUGAUAGACUGUGGGUGUUGGAUACCGGAACGAUAGGAAUCGCUGAAACUACUGUGCAAGCUUGUCCUUAUACCUUGAAUGUAUUUGACUUGAAAACGGAUAAAGUUAUAAGGCAAUACAAGCUCAGACCGGAAGAUAUUAAUCAGAAUACCUUUAUCGCCAAUAUCGCGGUUGAUCUGGGAAAAGACAGUUGCGACGAUGCCUUCGCUUACAUGUCCGACGAACUCGGCUACGGUCUGAUCGUGUAUUCCUGGCAGCAAAAUACAUCCUGGCGAAUAACGCAUAGCUACUUCAUGCCGGAUCCUCUGGCGGGCGAUUACAAUAUCGGAGGCUUGAAUUUUCAAUGGGGAGAGGAAGGUAUUUUUGGAAUGAGUCUGACACCGAUAAAAUCAGAUGGCUAUCGGACUCUCUUCUUCCAUCCCCUCAGCAGCUAUCGGGAAUUUGCGGUUUCCACGAAAAUCUUGAGAGACCAGCAGUUGUCUCAAAACAGCUAUCAUGAGUUUCAGGUGUUGCCGUCAAGGGGACCGCUAUCUCAUUGCACGGCGUCUGUGAUGGACGAGAACGGACUUCAAUUCUUUAAUUUGAUUGAUCAGAAUGCAGUCGGCUGUUGGAAUUCCAUGCUACCUUACGCACCAAUCAAUCAGGCAGUUAUCGCCAGACAUGACGAGGCUAUGAUAUUUCCAGCGGACGUUAAGGUGAAACACGACUUACUCUGGAUCAUAUCGGAUCGUAUGCCGAUUUUCUUACUGUCGACUCUAAAUUACACGGAUGUGAACUUUAGAAUACUCACCACACCGGUUCAAGCAGCGAUCGCAGGAACGGUUUGCGACAACAUGCCGUUAAGAUAUAUCAGCAAUCAGAUCUGGUGGAAUUCAUGAUUCGUUGCGUGUGUUGAUUUUUACAUUCAAUA